AUGGAGUCCAAGUUCGGAUGUUUCGGUCGAUGCUGUCCAUGCCUAGCUGAAAUCAGCUCUUUUCUCCCUGUGAGACCAAGCUUACCUCAAGCUCCCAUUCUUCCGGAAGACGACGCCACGGUCCCAUCUGCUGUGGAGCCCGACGGGAAAAGCGAUCUUAAGUGCUCUCCACGAAGGCAUGAGACGCAGGAGGAGACGCCCUGCCUAGUCGGCAGCGAGCCGACUGCCGGCGCCGCUGUCGCGGAGGAGCAGGGAGCACUCGCCGCCCCUCAGAGCAAGGACCGUGAGGAGCCUCAGGAGCCUCAGGAGCCUCAGGAGCCCAAGGAGCCCAAGGAGCCCAAGGAGCCCAAGGAGCUUGGGCCUGCGCCUGCAAACGUAGCCCAGGAUUUUCCUGCGCUGCCCCGUGCAGCUGCUGCUGCCGCUGCCGCCAGUGAGGCGUUGAAGCAAAGUGUGGAAUCCAGCUCCCAAAAUAUUGCCGUGGAUUCGAUAGGGUCCCAGAAAAGGAAGAAGGUUGUGGUCGAAUCUCAUGCAACACCGGGCUCUCGGCCGCGUCGACGAUCUGGACACGCAUCAUCCGCUUCCUCGGAAAUGCCGACUGUUCAGGAGACAUCCAUUGUGGAGAUGGAUGAAGAGGUGUCGCGGAACUUGGAAGCCUUCUUUCUGGAAGAAGACUCAUGGCAGAUGCUGCAGAAUCAAUUGAAGUUGGGGGAGGUCAAACCAGGUUUGAAACAGAAGAUUGCCAACCUUCACGUCAAUCUGCUCGUGUCAGAAUUCAAGGUCAGCGUGCCGAAGCCCUAUCCUGGAGUUCAGUACAGGAGGUCGAAAGACCUCGACGAACGUUAUUCCCGGUAUGCAGAGAAUGGGAGCAUCGUUUUCGGACAGUUGGACGCAGACCGCCAGUGGCUCCGAAUAUCUGGGAACAUUUUCCUUCCUGUUCGUGUCGGUCAGAUCCACGUCUUGGACUCGACUGACGAUUUGAAAGAGUUGCACCAGCUGGAUAUAAAGCCUCUCCCGGAUGGGAAAGAUGAGAUCCCUGAAGCUUGGCCACUUUGCUGUCCAUCUAACGCCAGCCAAAAGGUCGCAGCGGCCCAGGCUGGGGGCUCUGCUGUGGAAAAUGAAUCGAAGCCAAUGAGACCUGGGCAGCGCUCUCCAUGA